CGUGCGCGCUAGGACGCUGCGGCCGCCGACAUUCGGCGGCGGAGGGUGACGUUGCUCUCUUAGGUCGCGGGAGGCCGAGGCGGCGCUUCUCCCCGCCGAAGCGAGGCGCCAACCGCCGGUCCUUUUUUUCUCUCUCUCUCUGCCUGUCGACGGAGCGGAAGGGCGGCGGAACCGCCGAGGGCCUCCGAAAUCGGUACCGAGGCGAUGUGUUGGCAGUGACGUGAGCGCCUGCUCGGGGUCCGCUGGAGCCAUGGCUGCACCGAACUGGUUGGAGGCCGUAGCCCAGCAGGCCGAGGAGGUGUCGGCCCGGCUACGGGACGUCUUGUCGUCCGGGGUGGGUUUGCUGCGUUCCGAGCUGGGCCUGCCGUUGCCUGCCGGGCUGGAGCCGCAGCAUCUGCCCACCUGGCUCGUCCUGCUCUCCACGUCACUUCUGGCGCUGCUGCUGCUGCUGGGGCUCCUGUGGGCCGCGGCUUGCGCCCGUGGAGGGGAUGCGCGCAGAAAGCCUUCCAGGAGGGCUGCCGCGGUGGGCGAGGAGGACGACGACGAGGAGGAGGAGGAAGAGGAGGAAGAAGAUGAGGAGACGGCGGCGACCCCGGGCUUGACGGGAGGCGGCGGCGGCGUCUCGAACAAGGGGCCUCCUGGGACUGCCACGAUGCUGCUGCUGAAAGGGGAAGAGCAGAAGAAGCGCAAUAAAAAGAAGGCAGCGGAGAAAACCGGCCGGCUUAAUGGUCAACCAGCUCAUGAUGUAUCUGAAGAAAUAAUACAGACAACACGAAAAGAGAAUCUGAAGCAAACAUUGGAUAUGGAAAAGAAAACUGAAAAGUCAAAGAAAAAUAGGAAAAAAACAAAAGGAGAUGCUAAAACAGCUCAGGAUCAGUCACGUGGAGAUGGAAAGGAAGCCGAUGAAGGCACAUGGGAAACAAAAAUCAGCAACAGAGAAAAACGGCAACAACGUAAACGUGACAAGGUACUAACUGAUGCUGGGACAGAAUCAAAUUUACCAUCCUUGGAAAUCCCAGUAACAGUAUCUUCUGAACAGAUAGCAUCUGCAAUACCAUUUUCAGUUGGUCCUAGAAAAAAUAAAGGUGAUCCAGUUUUGAAUGUUCAAAUUAGCAAUUCUAAAUCUGGAAAAGGUGAUACUGCACUUCAGCAAGGAAUGAGUGAAGGCCCCACAGUAAAUGGAGGCAACUGGAAUGAAAAACCUGUUAAGAUUUCUCCUCAGAUUGGUGCAAGUGAGGAGAAAUGGAGUUCAGGGUCCUCUGCAGGUAGCAAGAGGAAAACUGAGACAUCAGCCUGGGGAAAAGAUGCUGGAGAUAAUGGAAAUGGGAAGGAUUGGGGAGUAUCCCUGGUUGGCAGAACCUGGGGUGAACGUACUUUAUUCCCUGGUAUAGCUUGGUCUGGAGUCGAUGGAAGAAUCAAUACUCCUGAACAAAGUUCUGCUUCAUUUACUCCCUUGGGACUAAAUCCUACAGUCUCUGGAUCCAAUAGCGAAUCUGUUUCUCAACCUAGUACUACAGAUUUUCAGUGGGAUUUAAAUCGUAACCAGGCACCUGUUGAUGACGAGUGGUCUGGAUUAAAUGGGCUUUCUUCUGCUGAUCCAACUUCUGACUGGAAUGCCCCAGCAGAGGAAUGGGGGAACUGGGUUGAAGACGAAAACCCUCCUUCCAUUCCACAACUUGAAGAAGCAUUAUCUGAAACUCAAAAGGCAUCAGAUGAAGAGAAAGAAAAGCCUGAAGCAGCUCAACAAAGUACUGCAAGUGGCAAAUCAAAAAAGAAAAAGAAGAAAAAGAAAAAGCAGGGAGAAGAGGCUAACUCUCCUGUACAGGAUUCUGAUGAUUUGGAGAGACAUGCUGGAGAAGAAUUUCCAGAAGAUACCUCAAAAGUUCAACAAGUGGAGAUAACUUUCUCUUUAAAGACCGUCAGCACUAGUGAACAAGCUGAGCCGAAGGAGAUGCCCUCAUUUGCUGUUUCUACUGAACUGUCUGUACCUGUAUCAGAGAGUGACUCUGAAAAGAUAAUUUCCCAAGUGCCACAGAUGCUGCAGGAGGCAGAAGUUAUUUCUAAUGUUAAGCAAAACAGUGUGCCUCCACCUCAAACCAAGUCUGAAGAGAGCUGGGAAUCCCCCAAGCAAAUCAAAAAGAAGAAAAAAGCCAGAAGGGAAACGUGAAUUUUCUGAAAUGGACGUGUGUUGCAGAAACACUUGUCGUGGAGAUUAUGCUGUUUAUGCAAUAAUUUGUGAUCCUGUACAGAAUUUUAUAUAACUUUCAACAGAUUUUUUUUAAAAAAACUGCUUUGAACACAACCAUCUUUAAGAAUAGGAACUGAAUGAAAAAGUUGGUGACCUAAUUUCACAGGAAAUAAUGGCAUUACUGGAAGACUCAUUGAAGAAUGUAUUUUCAAGCUAUGGAAAAAGUAAUUUUUAAAACCUUGGCUUUAAAACAGUGCCCUGUUUACAACAUAUUUCUAUUUCCUGUCCACUGGAGAAAAAGGAUUUGUCUUAAAUAUCUCUAAUCAUCUUUAAAACUGAUACAUGUCACUGAAUGGUGGUGUCUAUCUUGAAUCUGUUUAAUGCCUAAAUCAAAGAACUCUAUUCAAAUUUGCCAUAUAUUUCUAAUAUUUAAUAGAAUCUGCUAACCAUGAAAUUAAUUAUAAUUACAGAGAAGCUGGUAUCAUUGAAGACCUUAUUCUUGAAUAACCCUUCAGCCUGAGUAAUAGUUGACUUUAGAGUAAGUGUGCACUCAAAUUGUGUUAGAAUUAAUCAAUAAAAACAUUUUUCAGCAAAAAAGUGGAUUAAAUUAAAACUUCAAAAACUUAUGUAUCAAGAAACUAAAAUACUUUUAUCAGAACUACAACACGGUUCCUAAAGUUGCUUUUAAUAGUUUCUUAUUUAAAUCCUCAGAUAAUUUUAAGUUGUUGAGGCAGUAUGUCCAAGUGAGCCUCAUUUUUUUUUUCUUAUCUAAAGUAGGAAAUUAGUUGGUGCCCUAUAACCUUCGUACCCAGUCAUUUUGAAAGCCAUGAUUCAUUUCUCUGCCACUAUAUUGCUUUUCUUUUGUUUCUUUUUUUUAAUUCUUCAGAGAUGUGGUAGAGAAUGAAAAGAGUAAUGUUGGCUUCAAAACAGAUUUAAUUGAUAUUGAGACCACCUGUAUCAGGAAGUGCUUUUUUACUGCCUUAACCUAUGUAGAAUCUGUAUCUAGAGUUCUUAAAUGGGGUUAGCAUUUUGUUUUUUGUUUUGUAUUUUUUUAAAAAAAUCAUGCAACAACAGCAAUUGUAAAACAAACCAUCUUUCCACUUGUAAUUAUUGAUUAAAAUGGGAAACGAACCAUCUUUCCACUUGUAAUUAUUAAAAUGGGAGUUGAAUUGCAUCAUUUUCAAGCACUAUAAUGACAUCACGUUAAACAGGCAGGUAUCUAUGAAUAGUGCAUGCUCAGCCAUGUACAAUUGUAUAUAGCCUUUAUGAAAUGUUUGUGUGUGUUUAAAGGACCAUAAUUAACAUAACUUGGUGAACAACUAUUAAAGAAAAGCCAUGAUUAUUUGAUGUGAUUGGCUUAGUUUUUUUUUCAUGUGGCAGAAAACUUGUAACAGCUGUAACCAAUGGUACUAUUAACUCUCCCAUAAUGUCUAAUUGUGUACAUUUGAAAAUUUUCAUAAAAUUAACUUGCAAUGCAAGAACAAUUAAAGCAACAAACUGGAUUUAGUUGUUUUGAAGACAAGCCUUAUUAAUUGAUAGUGUUCCUAAUGAAUUCUUAUGUGCACAGGUAUUAACACCUGUUUCAGGAACAUGGCAGAUGUUUACAUGUUCAGAUGUUUGUUUAAUUCAGUGACAUUUCUACAUCAAUUUUGUUAAAAUAAAUUGAGCAAAUUGAUAGCAUUGUGUUAUUUAUGGGAAGGGAGAUUGUGGAUAAUAUUUUAUCACAAUAAAAUGGUAUCCCUGAAAAUUCUUGGUAGCCAAAUAGACUGUACAACAACUACAGUAAUUUUAAAAGGGUAUUGAAUAUGCUAGUUGUGUCUGCUCUUUAUUGUGAUUUUUAAAGUUCUGUGUAUCUUAAGUAUGUUACAUAAUCAAUUUCCCAGUUUAAACAGUCUUCACUUGACCAGAUAUCCUUUUGUAAAAGGCUGCAUGUUAUCCCAUUUUAAGAACAACUUUUGACACUGAAAAGAAAUGUUCAAGCUUUCUAUAAAUCAAGCUAUGAUUCUUUCAAAAUGAUAUUCAUAAUAAUAGCAAAAUUAGCCAUUUGGCUAAGGCCAGAUCUGCUUUGGGACAGUUCGCUGAUAUUUUUAUAAAUAUGUGUCUCUUACUCACGAGUUCAUAUUCAACCAAUUUUAAAUAGUUUAUAUUGUUUUAGAAGUGGAUUGAAGAACUGGAUAGUUGCUCAUUAAAAAGUGGAAGUUUGCAAAUUUCAUUUGUUCUUAGUCAUUGUGGAAUUUUUUGCAAACAGAACUUUUCAAUGCUUAUAGCAUUGCUUUGCCAUGAAUACUAUUCCUGUGCAGAAGUCAGUAUGUAUGAGACCUAAUGAAACUAAAACUUAUACGUGAUCUAUCUCUGCAGUCCAUUGGAAUGGGAAAAUGUCAUUUUUCUGAUUAUGUCCAUCGAUAUCCCAAAUUGCCUGAUCCAGCUUUUAAUUUGAAAUGUUCAAUUAUGUGGAUGUUUUCAUUUAUUCCGAUCCCAUUAAGAUUAAUACCUGUAGAUGACAUAUUUUUCUUCAAAUUUUAGAAUAUGUAAUCAAUUAAGGUGAAAAUGACAUUUUUGUCACUUAAGAAUGGAAUAUUCAUAAAAUGUGAAGAUUUAAAGUAGUAAAAAUGGCCAAUGCUAUAAAAUUAUUUCAUUCAUGUAUUUAAGCUGUCAAGUUACACAAUUACAAUAUUUUCCCAGAAUAGAGUUGUAUCAGUGUAGAAGACAAACAAUAAAAAUGUGCAUCCACUUUUGCAUUGUUAACAAUAGCCUUUAUAACCAGGUAUACUUGAUACCUUUUUAUGACACAAACAUACAACAAAGCCAGCUAAACAUAAUAAAAGUCCAUGAAAUGUUUUCCAAGGAGUAAUUUUAGUUGGAUAUACAACUUUACACAAAUUAUAAUAUGUGAUAGAAGAAUCAAUGCAUAUUUAGUUUUUCUUUUAGGCUUUGCAGUACUGAUCAAUAUAUUGGAGUGAAAAAUGGGUGAAAUUGGAUGAAAACAGUGAUUUUUUUUAUAUUAAAAAUUACAAUAUAUAUUUACUAAAGAAUAUGUGAAGAUUUCACAUCUAUACAGAAAUGUCUUUUUAGUUUUGCUCUUUAAUGUUUUUUAAAGUUACAUCCUUUUCAAUUCCUUGUAUGAGAUCUAAAUUUUAGAUCAGUCUUCCAACUCUUCCAGAUUUAAAUCAGACCAAACCACCUGACAUCAGUGGCAAUAGGCUGCAGGUAUGAAUUUAUACAGAAGUUUAUUUUUUCUUAGUGUCCCUGUACAGAAUUGCUUUUAGAUUGGAAGGUCAGAGCCAACAUCAUCUACAAAACUCCUGCCCCAACCCUGAUGUUAACAUGGCAUAACAGGUUGGUUUGGCGUGUUUGUCUUCACUUUAUGUCUAAGAUUCUGGUUUUUUUAAGCAACAGUGACAAAAUGAUAGCUGUCACUCUGAAUUCAAUAUCUUGUGUUAGAUUUGAGUCUAAUUCUGUAAUAUACUUUGCUAAGCACUGUAUUGUUUAAACACUUUAGAACUUGGCAUAAGUAGCACAUACAAUUCCUUUUUCUAAGAAAAGUGUUUUAGUAGUGUAGAUAAUGUGAUUUUUUUUUAAAAAAAAGUUAAUCUAGAUAGGGUGGUAAAUGCAGGUAUCUUUUUCAGCACUGUUGUAAUUUGCAUUCAGUGCCAUUGAAAAUGGAUCAUAAGUACCUUCUGGGGGGGUGUUGUAAUUUUCACCGGUCACUAAGUGACCGAUCAUAAGUAAACAUUCUUACCUCUUUUUGCCUUCCUCCAGCAAUGCUCAACCACUUUUUGCCUUCCUCCAGCAAUGCUCUAGACAUCUCACGUGCCAUUUCUUCUCUGGUACCUUGUCAGUAAACCAUGGUGCUCUCUGAGAUCUGCAUGUAUAGAGUCCACACAGGUGCAGUUCAGUCCAAGCCCCCACCACAGCAGAGACAAGGGCAAGAGUUUUGAAACCCGCCCCUGGUCCAGACUCUAAUCACUUAUAAAGCUGUAAAGCACUGUGAAGCAGUAUAUAAGUCUAAGUGCUAUUGCUAUUGCUAUUCUUUGACUUUUUCAAUUAUCCAGUGUGCAUCAGCAAUAAUCGUAAUAUCCUUAGACAGCCCAAAUCUGGCCUAGAGGUUAUUAUUCUCUGAAGCAACAUGUAUGAGGGGGAAAACUGAAUUUGCCUGAAGCAUGUACUAUUCUGAUGUAAGAACACAAUCCAAUGUAAAUAUAGCAUAGUGGUUUCACUCACUACCACUUUAGAUUGCACAGAACUAAAUGUUCAACCAUUGCAAAAAACAAUAACCACCAGUUAGCAAAUAGGCAAUGCUUUUCACUUGGCUUCAGUAAGCCAUUUGGAAUAUAAUUAUAAAUGGAUUUAUAGUUUAAAGAGUAUUAUGCCAGUCUUUAAUAAUUUGAACUAAACUGUGGCCAGCACUUAGGAUUUAAAUUGUGUUCUUGCUACAUAAGGAGAAGAUAAUAUUCUCACAGCAAAAACAACCGAGUACCAGUAGUUUCAAGAUAUAUGAUUAUGCAAAGUGUAGGGUUUGAUAUAUAUAUUAAACAAAAUAGAAGAAAUGCCAAAAACAAGUAAAAUCAUUUAGUUGUGCAAUAUAUGUCAGAUUUAAUAAAAGGAAUUAUUUCCUAAUAUUGGCACACACAAAAAUAAAUUGAAUACUGUUCAAUUUAAUGAUUGAAAAAAGUAUCUCUUGCAUCCACUUGAAUCUGGCACAUAAAAUGUCUGAAUUCUGUUUCUGAAAUGAGCAAUGUAAACUAAGAUCAUAUUUGACUAGGUUGAUUAAGCAGUGUUUACGUGUGCAUGAAUGAAUGUAACCAAGCCCAUGUUCAGACUUAAGGCUGGCAAUAAAAGCAAUGAAGCAUG